AUGGAGAAGAAGGAGAAGAAAGAAGAUGGGGCGAUCGCCGGCCUCAUCUUGGAGAGGAAGAUCCCGCGCCGGAGCCACGAUACCUUUGCUUCGAACCUCGGGCGCAAGGUGUCGCCCUCUGCCACCCCCCCGGCGGUGGCCAAAGGCCACAAAUCCGUCAAGAGCCUGGCGACCUUUUUCGAGGAGGGUGGUUCUCCUGCUGCCACCACCGUUCCCUCCUCCUCCAACCCCCCCAACCUCCCCGUCGCCACCAGCUCGUCCGUCUUCGCUCCCUCCCCCUCCUCCAAACCAAAGCUGCUCCGGGACCCCCACGAGCCCGACGACAACGACCUCACCCUGCUUGAUUACAAGCAGUUCAUGGCGAACCUUCCACUGGGUCGUUGCCUCGACGACCUGGAGUUGCCCACCAGGGCGGCGGCAAGCAGCAGCCGCCAACUCCACCCCGAGGCCCCCAAUUCCCAGCACGCCCAAGAGGCCAAAAACGUUUUGGCAAACCUGGACAGACUCUUCCCGCCUCUCCCUCCCCUCGACGACUCGCCGGUACCAGCAAGCGACCCCGAGCCGUCGUCCGCCGCCGGCCAGGAGCUUGCUCCUGAGCCUGAGCGCACCCAAGAAUGGGCGAAAGCCUAUCGGGAUGCCACCAGACGAGUGCUGAGCAUCGACUGGGACGAAAUCGAAGAGGAUGAUAUUUUCCGUCCCCCCAGCUUUGUUCUCCCGCCGCCGCCUUCUCCCCGCCCGGCUUUCUCCCCCUCGUCGCCGCGUCUUCAGCCGGUCACUGAAGAGCAAGAGGACGAGUCCAAUGAGUCUCAUAACUCGUACCAGCAGGACGAGCAAGACCAGCAACGGCGGUCUCGAGAGUAUCAGCCAAAAGAGCGGUACCAUCAAGCUGAGGAGCAGCAGCACCAGUACGAAAAGUACCAGCUGGCCAAAGAGCAGCAAAAGCACCGGCCAAACAAGCGGCACCAGCCAGAGCAGCCCUCCCAACAAGAGCAGCACCCCCAUCAUCAUCAAGUCGACCGAAACAGGCGACUUUCACCCCACCAGGAGCAGCUCCCUCUCACCCCCCCUCUUCAUCUCACUUGCCCCCCCCCAAAUCCACCCCCACCACCGCCCCCCCCACCAAAACGCCUCUCCCCCCUCCCCCAUCAGCAAGCUAGCUCUGCUGUCCCUGGCAGACUCUCCUGCAACCCCCCCUCCUUCACCCCAUCGUCCUCCCCCGAUGCCGACUCGCACUCCUCCGCCACCACCACCGAGUUACCCCCCUCCUCCUAUCCCUUCCAUCACCCCUCCCGAGCAGCAACCCGGCAUCAUGAACGAAAGAGGGAGGAGUUUAUGAAGAAGUAUACAGAGUAUAUGAAUAGUCGGUACAAUCCUGAGUCGGGGAAUUUUACGGGGCCGGAGGUGCGGAGGGUUAUGGGUCCCGAGAAUGAGGAUAAGGAGGAGGAGAUGGAGGAGGAGAACAAGGAAAAGAAGCUCGAUGAGGGCAAGGGGAAGGCCUCCGACAUGUUCGGAUAG